AUGCGACGGAAGCCGCCAAAAUGGUCGGCGAAUUGGGGGAUUUCCCUGAUCGUCUUCUUUUCUACCGUAAUCAUCGAUGUCAAUGCAAAUGAUGUCUUCUCAUCGUAUCAGGAUUAUAUAAAGCAGUUGGCUUACCCGGCUCGUCUCGUCGUCCGUCCCGAUGCUUCAGUCGUUGUCACCUCAUCGCCAGUCUCAUUUUUCUGUCGAUCUGAUGGAAAUCCUCUGCCAACAGUCGUCUGGAAAGUCAACGGGAAAAGUAUCACCGAUUCGAGAUUCACUGUGAAAUCCCUUCAAUCGGGUCUUUCGACUCUUCGAAUUGAGCCAGUGAUUCCAUCCGAUAAUCAAUCGCUGAUCUCUUGUUCCGCCGACAAUGGAGUCGCUUCACCAGUUUUUGCUGAAGCGUUGCUGACCGUUUUCGAGAAAGAAUCAACUCCCACCGGUUUCCCGUCAAUCGACUCCCAUCCAUCUCUCAAAUCAGUUGAACAAGGAAGAACGGCACACGUGAAUUGCCGAGUACACGGGGCACCAAGACCAAAAGUUCUCUGGCUUCGCGAUUUAAUCCCAGUGGACAUUCGCGCAGAUGCUCGAUACUCUGUUUCAACAAUCGGAAAUCCCGGUGCUUUGAUGAUACAAAAUGCGCGAGAGGAAGAUCAAGGGAAAUACGAAUGUGUGGCAAGGAAUGAACACGGCGUGAUGCACUCGAAAUCUGCACAUCUUUAUGUGAAAGUUCGCCGUGUGCCACCCUAUUUCUCGUACAAAUUGGAGAAGCUUUAUAAGGUUCAUAUUGGCGGGAAUUUGAAUCUAACAUGCGUUGCUGUUGGCUAUCCGAUGCCGAGGGUUUUCUGGAAGAAAAGUGGAGAUGUAGCUCUAAGCGAUCCACUCACGGCGCCAAUCGGCAAGAAUAUCCUCACAUUGAGUGCGGUGGAGAAAAGCGAGAAUUUCACAUGUGUUGCCGUCAGUAAAUUGGGGAAUAUUGAAGCGAUAACGACAGUUAUGGCAAAACCCUCCCCACCGUCUCCAUCACUUCUCCGUGUCGACGGGGUCACUUCUUCUUCAGUCACUCUUGCAUGGGAUCACGUGAAAUUGCCCGAAAAUGAACGACUAAUCAAAUAUCUGAUCAAAUUUCGUCAAAAAUACGGUGAUUCAUCGCAUUUCCGUGUCAAAGAGAUCUCGGCCGAGUUGCAGCGAGCAACAAUUGGCGAUUUAGAGCCAUUUACGCUUUACGAAUUCACGAUAUCGACGGUGAACGAGAUUGGAUCGGGAAAUCCCUCGCCACCAAGAGAGGCACAAACAGCUGAAGCCGCGCCGAGUACACCGCCGAGAAAAGUGCAAGCUCGAGCGAUGAAUCGCGGAUCGAUCUACGUGACAUGGGAACCGAGUGAACACCCGAAUGGCGAGAUUUCGGGCUACCGUAUCUUGUACACCGAUGGUGACAAGAACACUCCGACAGCACAUUGGGAAUCGAAAGACGUUACCGGUCAACCUCCGUCACAAAUUCAUGGCUUAAAAUUGGAUGCUAUUUAUCACAUCUAUGUGCAAGCUCGAAAUCGAAAAGGCGUCAGUCCAUUGAGCAACUUGGCCACCGUGAUUACUACGCAAGGAAUCCCCGGUCAACCGCAAUCACUGACAGCUAAAGCCAGCGAUUCUCGCGGUAUUCAGCUGACUUGGGAACAGCCGCUUCUCGUGCAACCAAUUUUGCGAUACGUUGUCUGGAUGAAUGGCACUGAAGGAGAACGGGAGCUCACGCUCACAAACGCUCAAGAGAAAUACUCGGUGACCGGCUUGGAUCCAAACAUUUACUAUGCGUUUCGGGUGGCAGCCGAGUCGCAGCGUGGUCGAGGGCCAUUUUGUCCGACGGUUGUCGCUCAAACGCUUCCAAGUGCUCCAGCUGGUCCUCCUACAAUCACUGCGAUGAGCUCGGAAAAUUCGAGUUCAAUCGAAAUCUCUUGGUCACCACCAGAUCAAAUUCAUCAAAACGGAAAAAUCGUUAACUAUCAACUAAAAUGGAGAUCGAUUGAAACAAUAAAAAGAGAAAAAAACGAUGAAGAGAGUGAAGAAUCGAAUGAAAUUGAGAAGAAAAAUGAGGAGAAAUGGGAAGUGAUGAGAGUGGAUGGGAUGAGCGGGAAAUCGACAGUCAUCGGCUUAAUCCCAGCAACCGUUUAUGAAGUGACAAUUGCGGCUGGGACAGAGAAAGGAUUUGGACCGGAAAGUCACCGAAGGACGAUCAGGACAAAAGAGGAUUUCGAAGGCGAAACGGUGUCACCAGGUGGG